AUGCUUUCUACAUGGAAAUCAUCCCAGCCGCCAGGAGAAAAGGCAGUGGAGACUUUGAAACUUGUUUGGGAUUCUGUCCAAUCAGUAAAGAAAGCUGACAAUAUCGAAGAAGACGAAGAUACUUCUACGGUUCUCAAACAGGCUGUUGUGGAAAGAGACAAGCAAAAUGAACUCGUGCAAGAACAGCUGAAGAUCAUUGACUUUUCAGUAACGGAUGACCCAAGUGGUUCUUCGUGUAAACAGGGAGAAAUCCAUGAGGAUCUUGAUAAACACGGUGGAAUACCAAGCACAGGAGAACUUCGUAACGUGGCUCAUCAAAUCAAAACAUUGCAAACAGCACGUUCACUUGGGAAAGCACUUCGUAUCGAUGACAUCACCAUACUUAGUUACGUCACUCAGCAAAGCCAUUCACUACUGCAUGAGACUGCGCAGCAGAUCCUACGAAUGUGGCAGGAUGGCUUACAAGAAGGAGUCAAGGAAGUUGAACUUCACAAGUUAUUGGUGAAGUACAACAUUUCUGGUGACACAACAGGAGGUUUCACAGAAAUAGCAAAACUGAUUCGAUCUGAGGCAGAUCUAGUAGGCUUAAUUCAUCAUUUGGAUGUACAACCAACUACCGUCUUGGAGGUCAUUAAUACAUCUACAGGUCUUACACCCCACAUUAUUAUUCCUCUUGCCCUAAAAAUGCUGAUUGAAUGGUCCAAGAAAGGUGGAACCAGGGAGAGGCUUCUGGCAAUAUCUCAGGCUUUUCGCUUCCUUGGCGUAGACCUUUUAGUAAAAGGUCUGGCAUGUCAUUCAAGCUAUCAAUAUUUCAUCUCGUAUGGCAUCAUUGAUCAUAAGGGAGGAAAGCUGACCCUCGAUGUACUUGGAAUUGCUUUAUCCAUUCCUAAAGGGGCUAUUCCAAAGGGAAUGCUAUUAACUGUCACCCUUCGCGUAUCAUUUCGAAAUAUUCGUAGACUUCCCAUGCACGACGACGAAGUACUUAUUACUCCCGUCAUAGAGACUUCUCUCACACAAGAACUUCUCAAACCGGCAUCGAUAGUACUACCACACUGUAUGGGUUUCAAGAACGACGAUUCUACCAUUGUAAUGUACACCAAGACCGGACAAGGAAAAUUCGGUCGCAGAAUACUGACUGGGGACGAUUUGCGAAUCUCAAAAUCUACGAUCGAGUUUUGUACACAUCAUAUUGAAGUUUUGGCUGUGUGUUCAACGGAUCUUCGAGAUCUUCAGCUAACAUGCUUUGUCCUCCAGCCUACUAUGAAGUCACCAGUAGACCAUCCAUCUCUACGCGUGUACGUCAUUCAUCCAUAUAAGGCAUAUACCCAGGAUAUUAUCAUGAGGGAGCUGACUUCGUCUGUACCUUACUGCCAAGUCGAGAAGGAAUUCAAGUUCUCUAUUGGCUCAAAAUCAAAGCACCUAACGGUUAUUUGUCAUGAAGAGACGAAGCAACAAAACCAAAUGAUACCCCUCAGCGGUGUAUUGAAUGGUCAGUGCAGCCCUGUGGUAUUCACGCUUCAGUUUACCCCAAAAGAAAAUGUGAAGAAGAAUGUUCGCAUUACAAUAAAGGAAAGAGACGAGCCCAUAUCCGAUAGAGUGUUCAACGUGUCAAUAGAAGAUGAACCGAAUUACACGAUCAAUCGCAGGGUUUCAGAAGGCCGAUUGAGCUGUUUAUCCAACAAUCUUAUCGAAACCCUGGCUGACGUGAUUCUCAAGCAAAGUGAUGCAGAUUCCCUCGGCGGCUAUCUUGGUUUCUCAGAGUCAAUCGUAAAGCAAUACCUCGAUCGGUCAGAUUCGUCUUAUCAGAAGUUUUCAAGAUCGGGGUUCGUUGAGAUGCUAAGUGAUUGGAGACGAAGAGUCCGACCUAGUGAGCAGGUAAAGGAGCUUCAUCGAGCCCUGAAAGAUGCUGGUCUGGGAUAUGUAACGGACACUAUCCUGCCUGGAGAUGUCGUUGUCAGCAAUGUUACUUCAGCAAGCACCCAUAAGGAAGAAGGUAGCACUCCUGAAAGCAGAGAGGAAUCGGGUGGUAUUCCUAAAAUAAUUUGUCUAGAGAAACAUGGCAUUGAAGUACGAAUCCCCGCAAGCGACACUUACAGCUCAUCGGAUAUAACAGUCGAAGUGAUCGAAGAUGUUCCGCCCGAGCUAAAGAUCAGAGAAACAGAAGCAAUCAUUACAUACGGUUUGAAGGUGAAGGCGCCUUCUAAUGCGAUCUUUGAACAUCCCAUUCAAGUGACGAUGCCACACUCGGGCAUAUUCACAAAACCAAAGAAUGUGGAAAUCAUUUCAUACUAUCGGAAAAGAGCUUCUGAAGAGUUUGUUGCAAUACAUCCUAUCAGAGGCACUAAUCACUGGUGUGUGGUAAGACAGAGGGACCUCGAUAUCUUCUUCAAACACUUCUGCGAAUAUUGGUUCGUGGCUGUCUACAACAUGUACACGAGGUUUAAGGAAAUUUUCAUUGGAAAGCGCCUUGUCUGUACGCCGUAUGUUCCCAUGCCGCCAUUUCAGAGCGGGGAGCGUGUUCUGUUUGUCAACGUAAGAGAUGCAAACACGCAUGAAGAAAAGUUCUUCAAGCUGUACGAACAUAUGUUCAUCAGAAAGGAUUGA